GAGAGAGAGAGAGAGCAGAAGACACUAGAGCAGAAACAGUUCGACAGUUCAGUAGAGAGCUGUUUGUGAACAAUGACUGAGGCCGAGCUGUACUCGCUGUAUAAAGGUGUGUUUGUUCCCUCAGGUGUUCACCCUCCUCACAGCCUCAAGUACUACGAGGACUUCACCUUCCGCCCCGAUGAUAUUAUCAUUGUGACGUAUCCAAAGUCAGGUACGACCUGGAUGCAGGAGAUCGUCCCUCUCAUCGUGAGCGGAGGAGAUCCGGCUUCUGUUGAGAGUCUUCAUAACUGGGACCGUGUUCCCUGGUUGGAGGAGAGUCGGGCCUGCAUCCUGAAUCUGGAGAACAGGCCGUCUCCUCGCAUGUUAACUACUCACUUCCACUACAACAUGAUGCCUCCAGGCUUCUUCCAAGUCAAGCCAAAGGUCAUCUACGUCAUGAGGAACCCCAGAGAUGUGUUUACAUCUUCCUUUCAUUAUUAUGGGAUGUCCUCCUUCCUGGUGGACCCAGGCCCACAGAGCGACUUCCUCCACAAGUUCCUGGACGGAAAAGUCAUGUUUGGCUCGUGGUUCGAUCAUGUGAAGGGUUGGCUGAACGCUGAGGAUAAAGACAGAAUCAUGUACAUCUGCUAUGAAGAGAUGAUCGUGGACCUGAAGGACUCUGUGUCCAGACUCGCUCAGUUCCUGGAGAAACCUCUGGACUCUGAGGUGAUAGAGAAGAUAGCAGAGCGCUGUUUGUUCAAGAACAUGAAGCAGAACAACAUGUCAAACUACUCUGCUGUUCCUCCCGGAUUCAUGGACCAGACCAAGUCUGAGUUCCUCAGGAAAGGAAUCGCUGGAGAUUGGAAAAACCAGCUGACAGCGUCAGAGGCGGAGCACUUUGAUACAGUCUACAAAGACAAAAUGAAGGAUGUCAAGUUUAAAUUUGUCUGGGAUUAAAAUAAACUUAAUGAACGUAUGUAAUGAAAGUCAUUCACCAUGAUGGAAAGGAAAGGAGAAAUGCCGUCCCACAAUUCCUUGCUGCAACAACAUUUAAAACUGUUUUUACUUGUAUAUUCCUUUCAUGUUAUCUUAUCUCAACAUUUCAAUCCCAAAAAAAUCCAAAAGGUUUUUGUGAUUAGUAAAGUAUUCAUUGUCCAUGUGUUAUAAAUAAAGUUGAUUUAAAAAAAUCAUA